AUGUUCCGCAACACGUACGACAGCGACAACACCGUCUUCUCACCCCAAGGUCGACUCCACCAGGUCGAAUAUGCCCUUGAAGCCGUAAAGCAAGGAUCCGCAGUUGUCGGUCUUCGUUCCUCCACCCAUGCCAUCCUAGUCGCACUCAAACGAGCUCCCUCCGAACUCGCCUCCUACCAAAAGAAGAUGCUUCGAAUCGACAAUCACCUCGGUAUCGGCUUCGCCGGUCUCACCUCCGACGCCCGUGUCCUUUCCACUUACAUGCGUCAACUAGCCCUCUCUUCUCGUCUCGUCUACGACCGCCCCCUCCCUAUCUCCCGCGUUGUCGACUCCCUCGCAGACCGAGCCCAAUACAACACCAUGGACUACGGCAAACGCCCUUACGGUGUAGGCUUCCUCAUUAUCGGUGUAGACGACACUGGUCCGCAUCUGUACGAGUUUAGCCCAACUGCUAACUGCUUCGAGUAUUACGCUAUGAGUAUUGGCGCGCGCAGCCAGUCAGCGAAGACGUACUUGGAGAGGAAGUUUGAAGAGUUCAGCAGUGCUAGUUUGGAAGAACUGGUAACGCACGGGCUUUAUGCAUUGAGGGAUACACUGCCGCAGAAUAAGGAUUUGGAGUUGGAACAGGUGUCAGUGGCUGUUGUGGGGCCAGGAGCGGAUGCAGAUGUGAACAGUGCAGAGGCGAGGAAGGGGGAGAAGUUUAGAAUUGUGGAAGGCGAAGAGUUGAGACCGUAUAUGGAUAAGUUGCAGCCUAGGGGUCUGCCGGGGGCUAGGGCGACCGCCGCGGCGGCGGCGGCGGCGGGUGAGGGUACAGGUGCAACGGAGGGCGGUGAGGGUAACGCGGCGGUACCUGGCGGAGAGGCGCCAAUGGAGGAUUAA